GCGGGCUGCACUUUUCCCGUUUCAUUGCAAUUCGACUCCACUGUUUACAUUUUCCCUACCCACACCCGUGUGUGUGUGUGUUUUAUACGUCUGCCAAAUGGGGGCUAACAUUUCAUGGGGGGCGGGGUGAUGAGCUUAUGCCACAACAAUACGGCACCGGUUCGCCUUCGCAGCGCUGCGGGGCUCUUCGUGGGCCCACGGCUCUCCCUCAUUCCUCUUCUUCCGCCUCAGAGCAGGCGGCCCCUCCGCCGCGGCAGAGCCAAGGCCCUGAGCGGCUCCCCCGGCGAGCGGCCCCUUCCUCUCAGGCGUCCUCCUGCCGCUCCCUUCCUCCUCCUCCUCCUCCUCCUCACAGACCAGCCGCCUCCCCUCCUCCUCCCCUCCCGUCGGCCUCUGCCUCUCCUGCUCGCUCCCGCGGCGCGUUGGCCCAGACCAGGAGCGCGCACGUCGCCGCCACGGCUCCCUGCAGCUGCUCCGGCCCGGCUCUCGCGGCCCGCUCCGCCGUCUCCGCUUCUCCCCCGCCGGUCUCUCUCUCUCUCUCGCCCGGCCGCCUGCGACGAAGGAAGCCGGCGGCGGCGGGGAGGGGCCCCAGCGCCCCGCGACGCGUCCCGACGACGACGACGACGACGACAACCCUCGUCGAGCUCGCGCCUCGCGGACCGAGCCACCAACCGCCGCCGCCUUGUCCCCUCCCCUCCCCCUCCGCCCUGCCAAGAAUCCCUCAGGUAGGAGCCGCCCCGGGCCUGCGAGUGCCGCCCGCUUCUCUCCGCUCUCUCCUGUUCUCCGGCGCGCAAGAUGGAGCCUCACCCAGCUGGCUCCAAAGAAAGGAAGGCAGGCAGGAAGGAGAGCGCCUUUCUCUCUCCUGACGCCUUUCGGGCGCAGUCGGCGGAAGGUAGCACCCCCUGCGCCUCCCUCCUUCUUGCACCCCGGGGUGCCCGUGGGGUUUAGCGGGGUGGCACCAUUUCCGCCUCCUCUACUCCCCCCCCCCCAGUUUCUGUAUCAAAUUGUACAAUUAGGUGGGUGGAAUGAAGGACCCUUCUUUCGCUGGGUGCCCGGAGAAUAGACACCCAGACACGGCAGCAGUAGGUUGAACUAGAUUUGGACAGCCUUUUUUCCCCUUUUUCCUCCCUCCAUGUAGGCGAGACGGGGUGGGUGGCUUGGUCUGCAACACACACACACACAGCGCUUCCUCCACCUUAUUUCAUUUGUUCUCUUCAAAGGCCCUCACAAAAUUAAAACUACGACUUUUUGUGGUGGUUGAAGCCGUCUAAAUUUGCAACAUCGCCGCAGCCACCCUUAGUUGUGCCGCGUCACAUAAAUAUAACUAAAUUGAAACAAAAAACCGAAUGCCAAAAAGCCUAGGGGGAAAAACGGAGGGAAGCCUCUCCUCUCCUCGGCUUCUGCCUAUCAUCCAAGUGUGAACAAAAGGGCUAUGUAGGUGAGAGAGCAUAUUAAAGGGUAACUUAUUUAACUAGCCAGAGUAAGGCAGAUGCGGAGUCUUAACAGCUUUUUGGCCCAAGUGGAAUGAUGGAAAAGGUUAUCAUUCCCAUGCCCCAAGACCUAUUUAAUUUCCCCCAGUGCUGAUAAUCAGGCACCAUCUAAUAUAGACACAGAACGACUGUGUCUUCCCUAUGAAUGUCCCAGGAAGGACAAUUAUGCUCCAGUAUGGGGUUGGAGGGGAAAGCAGGGAUAAGCUUCUGUCAGUCUGCCCUCUAUUCCUGAACUGCUAUGGUCACUCAGUAGCAGGGAAAGAUAUACAUUUUGUGGUUUUUAGAACAGUAUCUCUCUAGAAUUUGUCUUGUUAAGUGUCCUAUUAGUUAACAAAGGCACUUUGAGCUGUUCUCUUUGUGUGUGAUUUCUUGUUUAUAUCUAACCAACUACAUGUUUAAUGAAAAACUCUACCUGUCCCUGUAUUUUGUACAUAUGUGUAAGCAUACCUUUAAUAUAUGGGACUGACAAAUAUUUGCAUUGCUGGUUACUUAAAUAUUAUAUUGAUUAGUGCUACCCACAUUUAUUAAGACCUGCUGCUUAAGUGCAUCUCAUUAGACCAUUACAUGUAUAGCACUAGUGUGUGCUUUAGAAUUGUUUUAUGGGAUCUAAGUUUAUGCUUGUAAACAUUUAAAAUGCAAUCCUAACCCCCAAUCUGUGCUUCUGGAGGGGAGUAGGAGCCAAAACAUAUUCCCGUACACUGUUCUCUGCACUUGCAGGGUAUCUGGUACUUCUGGUGCUACAGAGUAUCUCACUGCAGCACAGGAGGGAUGGCAGAUGCAAAUGUAUUAUUGGUGAUGGAUCUGCUGGACGACCCCCAUACCAAGGUGUUUGGGGUGGAACUGGAGUAACAAAGAUCCUCUGUAUCCUAAGCUGGUCCACUUCCCAGAGAGGGGUCCAAAUUGAGUGCCUCUGCUGCACCAGUCUGCAGCAAAAAAUGUGAUUUCAAUCUCCCCAUCUUCCAAUCUAGCCGAUGCAAGUAGGAGGGCUUUGGAGACACCAGUGGUUCUAUCACUACAUUUUGCCCCGCUGUUUCCCAUCCAGAGGUAGGAUUGCGCGCUUAGCCUGCAAUCCUAUACACACUUAUCUGGAAGUAGGUCCCAGAUUCUUGUGUGGUUUACUUUUGAUUGCACUAUUAUUGUUGUCAUGCAUUUAGCUUGUACAUAUUUUAAGAUUAAAUGUUAAUUUUAUGGUAGAUGUUUAGGAGAAAUCUUUCUGCUCAUGCUGAUCUAAGAAAAUGUUUGUUGAACAUCUGAGGCUUCAGCACAGUCUUUGCAAAACUAGUGAAGAGCAUGGUAAAGUACAGUCUCUAGCAUGUUCUUCUGCUAUUGAUAGUGUCUUUAUUUUGCAUCCUCAGAUUUUUAUUUGGAGGAUAGAAUUAGACAUUUGAGCAUAUGUCAAGAUCCCAGUGGAAGCUAUUAAAAUUGCCUAAGAAUGUACAUCAGACUGAUUUUAUCUCCAAUACCCAUUACAAUAUGAGAAUUCCAGUUGCAAUGUUUUUUUCUUUACUGGUAAAAGCCAGAAAAGCAGCAUGCCAACUGCCCCCCCCCCCCGUCCCUUAGGAGUGAAGUUGAUUAGGCCAGAAGAUAUCUGCUUGCACAAAUGCCCCCUCUAUUAGAGGAGUUCCUGUGAGAAAGCAUUCAGGCCUGCAUUUUGACACAGCAGGCUGGAGUGCUUAUUCACCAGACUACUUUGGUGGGAACCAUUUCCAUCAAUCUCCCUCCUGAAUGAACAGGAAUGAUGGGAAUUGCAGUCCAUGCUCUUGAAGGGCCAAAGACUUUCCAUUCCUGACCUAAGGCAUGUUUUGUGGCCACAUGGGGUAGCACCCUCUGGCUCUGGUCAGUACCCAGAUGGAAAAUCACCUGUAUCCUCCUCUCUGAGUAAUGGAAGAAAGGCAGGAUACCAAAUGUUAUAAUUGUUUUAUAAUAAUGCUUGUUCUGCUCUUUGCUACAGGAACUGCAAAGAGCAGCAUACAAACUUCCUGGGACAAGGUGGAAGAGUUCUAUCCUUGACCAGAUAGCAAUUUUAGGAUUGAUAAUAGAGUUGUUACCGGAUUAAAGAGAUAUCAAUUGAUUAAUUGUACGAGUCUUUGUCAGUUAACAGAGUACACUUCCAUAUGGUAAAAACAAUAGAAUGGAAACAAGAUGAGUAAUUUCUGUGUUGUUAAUGCAUACUCACAUAUGUUGUAUGUGUACUUUAUAAGAGACAUUCCUAUGUUACAUGAAAGGGGGAACACCUUUUAAAAUACUUGCUAUUUGCAGUUUUAUGACUUUUAUAAAACAUUUUGCUUAAAAAUAUGCUGUCUGAUUAAUCCAGGUAACAGUUCAAUUCUAUAAGUACCUACUUGGAAGUAAGUCCCAUUGACUUAUUUGCAGUUUCCUUCCAAAUAAAUGAAUUAAGUGGGGAAAAUGAUAUAUUCAUAAGACUUAGGCACAUAUAAGAUUGCACUAUAAAAGUUGUUAAAACUGAUUAAACAUUGUAGCAUCUUUAUUUAAUCAUGUAUGGCCUGCCAUUUUGUUAAAUUAAUGUUCAAUUCAAGAUACUGAAUCUGAUUCACUGCUGCUUCUUAUCAGUAGCAUGAAGCAAAUAGUAGCAUAAAGCUAAUCUAACAUUUCCAUUGUUUGGGAUAUUUUUAACUAGAGGAAGUUGCAUAUACAGCUUUCCUUCUAUUAAUAGCCUGUAUAACUUUCUCCUGUAUCCAUCUCUUUCCCCCAUUUGUCCCUGCAACAAUUAAUUGUUUAUCCACAUAGAAUAGUAGAAUAAUAUUGCAUCAGCCUCAUGUCCUAUGUGAGGACCUAGUUCAAAGUGCUGAUUUUAAUCUUUAAAGCACUUAAUUGCUUUGAAGCAGGAUAACUGAAAGAUCACAUUUUUUCACAUACACCUAACUGAACAUUGAGAUCCCCUUCAGAGGCCUGCUUCAGUUGCCCUUGCCAAGUGAAGUAAGACAGUGGCUACCAGGUCUUUUUUGUGCUAGCUCCUCAACUGUUCAAUGCCCUUCCAAGAGAGGAUCAACUGGCACCUUCUUUAUGGCCAUUCUAGGACCAUGUGUUGCCCUUAGGAACAACAACAACAAACCUGUGUGAAAUUAAGUGUUUUAUACUAAACCACUCUUGAGUGUUGUGAAUUUUUUCAGUACAGUGGUACCUCGGGUUACAUACGCUUCAGGUUACAUACGCUUCAGGUUACAGACUCCGCUAACCUAGAAAUAGUGCUUCAGGUUAAGAACUUUGCUUCAGGAUAAGAACAGAAAUCUUGCUCCGGUGGCGCAGCAGCAGCAGGAGGCCCCGUUAGCCAAAGUGGUGCUUCAGGUUAAGAACAGUUUCAGGUUAGGAACGGACCUCCGGAACGAAUUAAAUACUUAACCCGAGGUACCACUGUAACUUGGUUUCAUUAUUUUUCCUGGAUAUUUAAUAGCAAGUUGUUAUAUAUUUUUGUUACAUUUUAUUUUAUCAUUUUUGUGAACCGCCCAUAAUUCAAUGUUUUUAAGUGGAAUUAAAUUACUAAAGUAAAUGAUGAUGAUGGAAUAUACAUGGUGUCCUCACAUGCUUCUGGCUAAAAGUAAAACAUUGGAAGUGUGCCUGCUGCACACCAUGACUGCAUGCAAGACAAAUGCCCUACUUGGAAGUUAUAUAUAAUAUGAAUUUAUAAUACACACAUUCUGCAUUGUCAUGUAUAUACUUGGCAGGAAGCAUUGAUAGAUGCCAGCUUCCUAUGGUGUGCAUUACACAACAUGUUUUGAUUUAUUUAUUUAUACAUACCCCGCCCAUCUGGCUGGGUUUCUGGGCGACUCCCAACAAAACACUAAAAACAAAAUAAAACUUCAAACAUUAAAAACUUCCCUAAACAGGGCUGCCUUCAGAUGUCUUCUAAAAGUCAGAUAGUUGUUUAUUUCCUUGACAUCUGAUGGGAGGGUGUUCCACAGGGCGGGUGCCACUACUGAGAAGGCCCUCUGCCUCAUUCCCUGUAACCUCACUUCUUGUAGGGAGAGAACUGUCAGAAGGCCCUUGGCGCUGGACCUCAGUGUCCGGGCUGAACUAUGGGGGUAGAGACACUACUUCAGGUAUACUGAAUGACCAGGUGCAUGUGGGAUUCAUGGAACUCCUUACUUUGAAUUCACUUCAGCAUAGGAAGCUUGUUGUACAUGAAGCAGCACUGCAUGAAAAGCUAUCUGGAAGCCAGUGUAUAAGUAGCCUUGAUCAAUCUACAUUACAACAAAGCCACUGGCAUAGCUGCUGCUGAGGUUAGUGGAGAAAUCCUCCACAGACAGUAGGGUCUCCAGUGAGCACCAUGACACUUUGAGGAUAAAAGGUAAAGGUACCCCUGCCCGUAUGGGCCAGUCAUGUCCGACUCUAGGGUUGUGCGCCCAUCUCACUUAAGAGGCCGGGGGCCAGCGCUGUCCGGAGACACUUCUGGGUCACGUGGCCAGUGUGACAAAGCUGCAUCUGGCGAGCCAGCGCAGCACACAGAAACGCCGUUUACCUUCCCGCCAGUAAGCGGUCCCUAUUUAUCUACUUGCACCCGGGGGUGCUUUCGAACUGCUAGGUUGGCAGGCGCUGGGACCGAGCAACGGGAGCGCACCCCGCUGCGGGGAUUCGAACCGCCGACCUUUCGAUCGGCAAGUCCUAGGCACUGAGGCUUUUACCCACAGCGCCACCCGCGUCCCUACUUUGAGGAUAGAUGAUCCUAAAUUGUCACAUUGACAAGGUCAUUGAUAAUAAAAGGGCUUGUGCUUCAAAUGGUUGAUCAUUGUUUCCUAAUGUUAAGACACUGUAUUUCAACACCACUUCGAAGGCCAGAUUACAUGUUGACUGGUAUACCUUUAGCACCUCUAGUUUACCCACCUUUCUAAAAUGUUCUUCAGCAGACAGGUCAGGUGUUGAAAAUUAAUGUAAGUUUUUUUGGGGGAAAGUUAAGCCCCUUUGAUGGAGAAAUUAUUGAAUUAAAUAGUUCAGUGUCAUCUUUCUAAGCAACAAUGUGGUUUUCACAGAUUGCUGAACAAUUACAACAUAAGUAGAUUUGUGUGUCAUAUUACCUAAUUCUUUCUAGGCCAAGUUUAAUAACAACAUUUCCAUAAAAAUUCCAUUGAUGCCAUUGCUUUUGAAACAAUCUGGGAAAAGAACAGUCCUUUCAUAAUAAUGCACCUGUUUAAUGAAUUAGCUUUUCUUAAGAUCGGAGAUGACAUCAUACUGAUUUACUUUUGGUAUAUAUUCAAAUAUUCUCUAAAAUAGAUAAAUAUUUCAAAGCUUACAUUCAUUUAGAAACUUCCAUUUUGUUUUCAACCUGGAUACCAAGACCACAGUUAGUAUUUUGGAAAUGUAGACUAGAGCAUCAUCUUUGAAGGAAAGAGACCUAGAAUAAACAAGAAGCAGCUAUACAAACAAUCAGUAAAGAGAGAAAGAAUUACACCACUACUGAGCCCAUAUUAUGAGACCAACCAGUUAAGAGGCUUUUAAGAGACUGAUAAACAAUGGGUCACAUCAAACCUUUGGUUUGAUUGAAUCCUCAUCAAAACCAGAAGGAUUUACAUGGGAGAUGUCAUAUCUCUCUAUCUAUGAAUGAAUAGGAGAGCUGCUUCAUAACAAAUUCAUCAUACCUAUGCUGAAAAGCAGGAAAGAAAAAACAAUGUCUGGUACUUCAUAAUUGAUUCUACUGGCCUCCCAUCCCGAGUUUGCGAAUAUAGGCACUGUAAAUUUAGGGCAUCAAAGAGAAUACGAAGCUAAAAUAUGAGAGCUGACCCUGCAUCCUUAACUAUCUUAGAAUAGAGAAUAUGAAUACAGUUGAGAGAGGACUGGUCUUUAGUAUAUAGGAAAACAUGGAAAUUGAUUGUGGCAGAGAAAUCGCAGCAGUCCAGAAUUCACUGUAGACUAUCCACUCUUAAAACCAGUUUCCAGAUGCACAAUAUAAACUGUAUUAAAACCAUUACCCUCAAUUUAUGGCAGGGCUGUGUGGCCAAAGUAAUGUGCUGCCACUUGUGCAAACACUUUCUGGUCUUUAUUUUUCCAGGAACUAAUCACAAAGCAACAAAUAAACAUUGACUCCCAGUUAGCACUUCUGAAUAGUGCUUCUAAGAUGACAGAUAUUAAAAGUAAAGCUCUGAUUUUGUAUCUACUAUUGACAGUCUGGUUUUGAAAAAAGACUAUAAAAAGAGCCCAAAAGAGUAUGCAAAAUGUGAAGUAUUAUGUCAGAGAAGCUAACAUAAGCUGAGCAUGGGGGGGCCAAAUUAUUUUUGGAAUGGUUUGAUUUUAUUAUUUAUAUUCACACACACAAUAUAAACAAUGGAGUACCACCAUAAAAUAUCUAUGUCCUUUUAAAUGUGUUUGUUGGAAGGGAGGUUACUGGUUUGUUCUUGUUUUUAUUAUGUAUUUUGUGUUCUCAUUUUGUAUCUUUAUGUUGUGAACUGCUCAUGAUCUUCAGAUGAAGGGCAGUAUAAAAAUUUAAGAAAUAGAAAUAAAAUAAAAUGUCAGUAUACACUUACUGGAAUGGCUUUUUCAAUUCUUGGUCAUGUCAGAUAUACCUGAAAAGAACUAAGAAGAAAAAUAUGAAAAAUACAGUCAGUAGAAUCCUAUCUAUACAUAAUAGCCCCUGAAACAUUAUUUUUUAUGUUCCUGUAAGUUUUAUGAUUAUGAAACCAAUAAAAAUUAAUUUAACAAGAAACUUUUGGUUCACUGUGAUUUUUUUUUAAAGCACCUAUCAUUGCAAUACUGAAACUCUGUGUAAGAUUUAUUUGUGCUAAAUCAAAGAUUAAUGCAAAAAUGUAAAAUUAGCAGAAACCUAUGCUGUAAUAUAUUGAUAGUGUUUUGGAGUAGUAUUUGAUUAAUGAGUCUGUUGAUAUUCAAGAUGUCUUGUUUAGGUGUUGGUUUGUGCCCUGUGCUGAUUUGUCUAAUUUUGGAGGGCAUUGCAAAUAUUUCCCUGCUGAAUGCUACCUUUUUUUUCUUCUUUUUUUUACAUCUCUCCCUCUUUCUCUCUCUCUUUUGGUAGAAAAUGAUGCAUCCUGUUGCCAGCGGUAACUCCCCUUUCUGUGGGCCUGGGAAGAGUUCUUGCCUUAAUGAUGACAACGUGACCCCCACUGAUCAGUUUGAUUUGUAUUCCACACAACAAACCAAGUAUAGCCACACAGUCAGCCACAAGCCAAUACCAUGCCAGAGACAAGAUGCGUUAAAUGAACCACAUUUGCAGACCACAAGUGGCAGGAGUAUAGAGACGAAAGAUGAUAUAAAGAAAAAGAAAAACCUCAACAGAUCUGGUAAACGUGGAAGACCUUCGGGGACCACAAAAUCAGCGGGCUACAGAACGAGCACAGGUAGACCGCUGGGGACCACCAAAGCAGCUGGAUUUAAGACAAGUCCAGGUAGACCCUUGGGUACAACUAAAGCUGCAGGAUACAAAGUCAGCCCAGGGAGACCUCCAGGUAGCAUUAAAGCUCUAUCACGGCUUGCAAAUCUAAGUUAUACUUGUAGCAGCGCAGCAUUUCCCUAUGCUGUGGUACAUAACAGAGGAGUGCAUGCUGCUGGUGAAACAAGUAGCAAAAUCAAGCAACCUGCUGAGUGAAAAACGAGGAAUUAAGUAACAUUUCCUCAGUAAUUCUUUUUAAAUUAUCUUGAGUUGUGGCAUGUUUUUUUCACUUCUUUUGUAACGUUUCCAUAACUUACUUUCCUACAUUUUAUUUUUUUUAAGAUGUCAUAUCAUAAUCACUUAAUGUUUCUUACGUUUACAAGCGGACUCCUCAGUGGUGCCCUUGUCUAUUUCCAGAAAAUAAUUACUAAUAUUCUAAGUGUAAAAGUUAUUGUCUGGCCAUUUUAGUUAUGUGGUUAGCAAUUCAACUAGCAGAAUUCUGCAUCCUAGGUUAUUUAUAGUCAAAAUAAAGACUUGUUCAACAAGUAACCAGAAGAAACUAAUAGAAACCAAUUAUUCAGGACAGCUUUACCAGGAAUAGUUCUGUAAAGUUUGCAGUGUACGUGUCUCUUUUUUCUUUUUCUUUUUGUUAAUAGGAGGAAGUAGAAAAAGAACUAAAUUUUCCACAAUGGCUGGAACUUAACACGGACCUCAAUAUUUGUAGAUACUUCAAAAUUUCAAAACUAUAUUUUUUAAAAAGUGGUCAUUCCAGGUAGUCAUUGCAUUAAAGUGCUAUCAGUUUCAAGUAAUCCAAACAUUAAAAAAAAAUCCUAUGUAGCACCUGAUAUAUAUCCAAAGUGCUAUUUUCCCAUUAAAGUAUGGUAGCUCUCCUGCAUAUGCUAACUGUUGGACACUGACUUACAAUUUAUAAAAGCCUAAGACUACACAUACCAAAUCAAAAAGAAUUAAAUAUUUGAAAUAUUUUAUAAUUUAACUUCUAAAAAGUGCUAUCAAAUAUGCAAAUAAUGUACAGGUGUAGUAAAAGUUGUGGCUGAGAUUCUGCACAUUUGUGUGCUCCUAAAUCCAGUCCAUUUCAGUGACAUUUGGCAUACACAGAUAUAUGUGAGAUUUGCCCUGUGUUCUCAGAUCUGUCAAUAAAUAUACACAUUUUAAGUGACUGCAAUAUCUGCAUAGAUGGCAGCAGUUUUUUAGGAUUUCAAAUAUUUGGUGUGGUUGAAAAUUAUACCUUUCAGAUAGAUAAUCUUGUCAUGUUUAAUAAUUUUGCCAGUGGAAGUCUUAUUUAUCACACAUACUGUAGCUAAGAGAGCGUAUAUCUACCAAAGGAUGACAUUUCAUGGAUCAUAAUUGGAAAUGAUACAGUUGAUGCACAAGCAAGUUGCAAUUUGAUGUGUUUAUAGACCCCAGAUAUAUAACAAACUAUUGGAAUACAUCUAUGCAUGGAGGUGCAGAACUAUACAUACAUUUUGCCAUUUUGUGCACCUAAAAUAAAUGUUCUGCAUUGAAUUGGGUAUGUGUUGUUAUUUUUUAAAAUGUGUAUGUGUGAGAGAGAGACAAUGUAUAAUACACACAUUACGUUGUAACUGAAUAAACUCUCAAUAUUGAAUAUAUUCCAAAUAUUUCUUUAGAACUAAAGCUAUUCUGAAAAUAAGUUUACAUAUAGUUAUAGAUUAAAAAUUUAAAUUUGUAUCUUCAAAUACGCAAGAGAGAGGUUAUAGAUAAAUAUUUGCAAAUUCAUGGGGACAGACUUCUUUCAGGUUAAUUAGAGAGAUGAAAAUGAACAGUAUUGAUUCUUUUCCUUUGUAAGAUAAAUAUUGUGGCCUGCUGACAUUUUGAUGACAACUCUGAUUUUAGUAAUGACAACUUAAGAAAUGGAUGUCAUUUCAUGCCUUUUUUAUCAGGAAAAAAGCAGCAAGCCUUCAGGUGUUCCAGUGAUGCCUAACUCAUAAUGAGCUGGACUUUAUCCUGUAUUUUAUAAUAGGUGUGUUGAAUUGUUUUGGGGGGACUUUGUAUGCACUGGCAACCUUGAACCUCAACAGUACUGGAAGGCUCUUUAGUCAUGUAAACUAAUGGCAGCUAAAUGCUGGUAAAAUAAUUUUUUGCUGAAGCUAUGAAGUCCAUUAUAUAUUUCCUCAAGAAACUUCGGAAUAUGAAACUCUUAUUAAUUUUCCCCACAGUGGUGCAACUUCUGACACACACAGUGCUAAUGUGAGCUAGUUCACCCUCAGGACAUAUAUUGUGUUGGCUGUUUUGUUAGAUGGUUCUUUUUUUUUCCAACCCAGAGGCUGCUUCAGACCCUUUCUGAACUCUCUCUAGGAAAGCAGCUGAAUGUAAAAACUACAAGAACGGCACACCUUACUGGCAAGGAGCAAGUUGCAUGUCACCAAUGUACCUUUGAGUAACUCUACUUACCUCCUCCUGUUUUUUAAAGCUACCCUUUUAUUUCUCACGUGUGCAUCUCCUCAAUGGUGUCGUGCAGUGUGUUGGGAGACAACGCAGAUGCAUUAUUGCUCUAGUAUAAUGAAUUUUGUAUUCACAUAUGCUGAGAAAAUAAUGAACUCAUCUAAGCAAUUUAUGUUCAUUUAUAGUGCUUAUUAAUUAUAUCAUAUGGAAAACUUACCCAUUAAAAUAACUUAAUAUUGUAAGUUGGGAGGGGGGCCAGAAAAAUCCUCUUUCAUUUCUCUAAAGGGCAGUUUAACGCCUGGAUUUGUUAAUGAGGCCAGAAAAACACUGUUGGGCAUUUCUUGAUUCCAGUUCAUUUUAUCCUCUACUGCGGUUUACAAGUGCCAUGCUGUGGGGGAAAACAGAAGUCAAGAACUUGAGAUGUUUGAAUGGUAUAUUCAAAUAUUUUUGCUACUCCUGUAUAUAAUCUCCAGAAUACAUUGUGUUUUUCUUUUUCUUUUCUUUUUUUGUAACACUGUCUCUUGUCAUGACAAACACUGAAACAGCAUGUUAAUUCCUAUACUUUGAUAUUAUUGGAGAGGGGGAGGAGGAAUGUCCCUUUCUCCUUGUAGUAUUAAUACAUGAUUUGUAAAGCAAAUUGAUAAUUUUAUAUUAUAUACCUUAAUUCUGCUCUUCAUAAGCUAGGAUUGUUGAUGUGUAUUGGCACUGUUCAGAAAAUCUACAUGUCAAACUUGUGUUCACUUUUCUUUUGAUUUAAAAAUAGCCUUUUUCACUUUUUGAUAAAGCAAUUAGCAUAAUUAAGCAUUAAGAGAGAUCUAUACUACAGCCGCUAUUUUAAACACUUACAGAAAUUGCUGUUCACUUUCUGGUGAAAUUUACUUAAACCGUAGAACCAAAUAAUUUUACUUCUAUUUUUGAAGUCUUGCACUGGAUAUUUUCAAAAUCUUUACACACACACAUACACACACACUGCUGUAAGUUUAAUUAGGGGCUAACUAUUGUGAAGGUGGCAUUUUUUAAAAAUACAGGUAAUUUUCUUAAAUGAAUUCAUGUUUUGCAAGUUUUGAGAAUAGAACUUCCUGGUCAGGACUCAUCUGGCAUUUCUGUUUUGCAGUGGUCCAUUUCAAUUAUGCUUUGAAGUUGCUUUUGGUCUUGGGACAAACCCAGCAAGUCAGGAUAAUGCAUAUGGGAUGAGAUAUUCCCUGAUCUACAAUGCAGAAGGCAGUUAAUAUCAGAGCAUUAACUUUUGCCUUCUUUUGAAAGACAGAGUAGUAGAGAUAACUUUACAGCUUUUUCCUAAGUUGUCAUUCUGGUUUUUAUUACUGUAUGUAUAGAGCAGCAUCAAUCAAUUUAUUAAAUACAAAACAGUUUCUUGUAAUCAAAGUUCUUGGAUUCCACUUAUAUUCACAUUAUGUUUUAUUAUUAUACAUAUAUUUAACAUAGUUCAAACAUUAUUAUACAUGUAAGAAAAUACUAGAGCGGCCUUUCCUUCUGAUUUUUUUCCAGAUAGAUAAAUCUAGGUUCUGCGAUGUGUAAUCUAUUUCAUCUUGAAAGUUAUAGUAAUUUUAUGAAAUUUUCAGAAAUCUGCUUAAAUGGGCCAUUUUAAGAUUCUCACCUUUCACUGUUUGCUUUUCUGAUGGGAUGGGUUAUUUUGGUGGAAACAGUUGCUCAUUAAUUAUCACCCUGUCUUCUGCUGUAAAAAGUCUGAUUAGAUACUGUGUAUGUUCUUAUGUCCAUGAACUUCAGCUACUCGUGUGCAAUUGUCUGUAUGGGAAUGGAGUAGUGUUCAUGAUCUGUAUUUACGUCAUCAUAUGGAUGUAUAUUUAUUAAUAAAGUAAUUGCUUUAAACACCAAAUAACUUUAUUACUGUAUGUUUUAUAUUCUUGCCACCCCCACCCCCAGUGUAAGUUGAAACCCAGCAAACACCUGUUAAAUUAACCAGCUUUGCAGAUGAAUAAAGCAACUCUUCAAUUGUUACCC